CCUGAAGUCGUCGUUCCCCCUUUGCUCUGUAACGACGCUUCGUGGGGAGACACAUGUCUAUGUGAGGAGAGGGACGGCAGCAAUACUGUUACACCAGCCCGAGUCAGAGCCAUAUACUGUAGUCUACAUAGUUACCUGUGUUCUUUGAAUUCGUCCUCGUUAGUGUCGAUGUCAGACGUUUCUUCGUUCUCCGUCGCUUUGGGUGGGAGUUUUCGCGGUCCGGUCGGAAGGUAAGAAGACAGAAUGUACAGAUAGAAAGUAGCGGCGGUAAUUACAACAAUUAAACCCACAAUUGACCGCAUAGUUAAAGAAGAAGCUAGUUAGUCUACGAGCAUUUCGCAAUACAGGAAGUAUCGGGUGAGAGAGAAGGGGGAUGACAAUAAGCGCUGGACCGAAGAGGAAAAGGGGGAGCCUAGACGGACAGCUGUGACGUAACAUCCGUUAUUGUCAACGCUAAGUUUGUGUCUUUGAACAGCAUGGGGUCAUAUUGUUAUUACCAUUCUAAACACGUUUAGCGCUUUCAGUGAGUCUAUUGCAGUCAUCCAGACGUAUUUUUUUAUUGGAAAUGGCAAAGGGAAUAUACACACAGGGUUAAAACUAUAUGAAAAGUAAUUAUUUAAGUAAUUGAUGUUUUCACUAAUUGGGGAAAAUCUCAGUGUCGUAUUGAAGAAAUUAAAAAAGUAUCCAAAGACUUCCUUCUCAACCAAGUCAACAAACUCACUUCUGAAUGUGGUAAAGGUGAUGGCAACAUGCCAUGUCACUAGUUCUAAAGUUCAACUUCAGCUGCACGCACCAUGGCAUAUGAGCAGUGAGUUUUCUCCAGAAGUAUAAUGGCCACGUACUCUCGGCUCCCGGGAUCCGUUGCUCUGAUAACGCUUCAGAAUCCACCUGUCAAUGCGCUCAGUGCAGCGGUGCGACAGGGCAUAGUCGACACGGUGCAGAGGGCCCUGAAGGACCCAAAGGUGACAUCUGUAGUGAUCUGUGGACAGAAUGGGAAGUUCUGUGGAGGGGCGGACAUCAGGGAGUUUGCGGGGCCGAUGUUGGGGCCCCCCCUGGUGCCCAUGAUCCAUGCUAUAGAGGCUGUGGACAAGCCUGUGGCGGCAGCCAUCGAGGGAGUAGCACUGGGCGGAGGACUGGAGUUAGCACUGGGCUGUCACUAUCGCAUUGCACACUCCAAGGCUCUUCUAGGACUUCCAGAGGUGACCCUGGGUCUGCUGCCAGGCGCAGGAGGGACACAACGUCUACCCAGACUCAUAGGGUUAACAGCUGCCCUGGACCUCAUCACUACAGGUCGCCAUAUCUCUGCUGCUGAGGCCCUGAAGCUGGGGAUCGUAGAUCAGGUUACCGAUAGCAACGCUGUGGACCAGGCCGUGGAGUUCGUCAGGAGUGUUGCAGGUAGGAGUUGAUGACAUCAUCAUGAC